AUGGUGUCCUGGAGCACUAUCCGGUCGGCCCUCAUCUUCUUUGGGCCCAUGCUCCUUCCUCGAAUCAUAGCCUUCUACCGUAGCCUCCGAGCACCAAACAACGCACAACGAAUCCCCGUAUCUCCAGAAGCGUCUCGUGCCCUCAACCUCAUCUUCGCCAGUGCCGUCGUCUCGCUCAUCUUCACCCUCCCCUACUUCACUCCCACCAACAUCUUUGCCAAGACUGGCUCGCGGUUGCAAACACCCACCCCUGUCCUGUUCAACAGAUUGUCGGCUACCACUCCUCAAGAUGAGACAUUGCGCCACAUCUUUACCUUAGGAGGACUCGAAGCAAGACUGCAACACCUCAGAUUCGGUCCUGAUAUCUUGUGCAACUGCCCUCUGGUCGACGACCCCAAGGCUCAGGAUGCAGGUACCAGCUACCUGAUCUGCGCCCUGCCUUCGCUACUGAAGACACACUUGAUGCAUCUACUCUUCCUCGGUCUCGCUACCUCAACCCUCAUCGGCGGCACGACCUCUGCUCGCUGGAGAACUGCUGCCGUCAUCUCAGGCAUCGUAGUAAUGAUUGCAGAUGUUGCUUCAGUUGCUACAUACGAGCACCAACGCAAUGCUCGAGCCACGACCUACUCCGCCAUCGAGAACUUCUUCUGGACACGCUACUUGGCUUCCCAUCUGGCAGUCUGCGUAACAGAUGCCGCCAUUGGUCUUCUGAUCUGGGCUUCCGCUACCAACCGCGCUUUCGUGCUUCCACCUUCCCCAGCUCUCGUCAUCGAGUCCCAAAGCAAAGUCCUUGAGAAAUCACUGGCCAAAUUCAGAUCUUUGGGUGCAGUAAGAAACGUCGUUAUGAGGGAGGCUGGAUUUAGAGCCAAGGUAGGCGAUUAUUGGAGAAAAGAAGGAGAGGUCAUGCAUGAGGUUUUGGAGGAGAGAGAUGUUGUCCAAGCUGUCAACGAGGCGUUGGCCAAGAUGGAUGUGGAUGGGGUUACUAGGGGUGCUGAUGAGUUUGUAGAACAGGUUUUGGGUCCAGCAGCCUAA